AGAGCAUCAUUUGACGUCGGGCAGCGGCGGCGUUCGUUUUAUGGCGUUUAUGUCAACGUAGCCAUCAUCCUCAUCAACCUACACCGCCCUAAGACCCGCCAGCGCCGCCACCCCCCGCGCGCAUCUUAAUUACACCUGUUUUGGAAGUUUUGCGAAAAAUCAAAAACCUUUUGUGAUCUCCGUUUUUUGUUAUUUGUCUUUCUGUCUCAGCCAAAAUGGCUGCAAUUAGUAACGGUAAAAGCGGUGGUAAUGCCAAAGCGCAGGAGCAAGUGGAAAAAGAAUUGGAGGCGAAUUCAAAGAAUUUGGCAUCCACACCCCUCCCAUAUCCCAAAUCGGUGGCCUUUAUUAUCAGCAAUGAGUUCUGUGAGCGCUUCAACUACUAUGGCAUGCGCACCAUUCUGGUGCUGUAUCUUACCAACAAGCUGGGCUACAACGAGGAGACCUCAACGGUGCUCUUCCACACCUUCACCAUGCUGGUGUACAUUUUCCCCCUGAUCGGAGCCCUCAUUGCCGAUAGCUGGCUGGGCAAGUACAAGACGAUACUGUAUCUGUCGCUGGUCUACAGUCUCGGAGCCAUGAUAGUGGCCUUUGGUGCGGUGCCCCUGGAGGGUAUGCCCGUCAAAGCUGUGACCAUUGUGGGACUGCUAUUGAUUGCCAUGGGCACGGGCGGGAUUAAGCCCUGUGUUUCGGCCUUUGGCGGCGAUCAGUUCUCCCUGCCCGCCCAAGCCCAGCAGCUGGCCAAGUUCUUCUCGCUCUUUUACUUUGCCAUCAAUGCCGGCUCCAUGAUCUCCACCACAGUGACACCUAUACUGCGAGCCGAUGUCCACUGUUUUGGGGACAAGGAUUGUUUCUCACUGGCCUUUGGUGUACCCGCAGUGCUUAUGAUCAUCUCCGUGCUCAUCUUUAUGGCCGGCAAGCGGAUGUAUCGUUGCCAGCCGCCGGCGGGUAACAUGAUCUUUGGCGUGACGCAGUGCAUCGUAGACGCGUUCCGAGGAUGGAAAAAGCGCCGCAAUACAGAGCCGCAGGAGAGCUUUCUAGACUAUGCCAAACCCACGGUGGGUGAGAAGAUGGUUAGGGAGACAAAGACGCUGCUGCGGAUUCUACGCCUCUACCUGCCCUUCCCCGUCUUCUGGGCCCUGUUUGACCAGCAGGGCUCGCGUUGGACCUUCCAGGCCACCCGCAUGGACGGCACAGUGCUGGGCUUUCAAAUUAAACCCGAUCAGAUGCAGGUGGUCAACCCGCUGCUCAUCCUGGCCUUUCUGCCGCUCUUCGACUAUGUGAUUUACCCCAUUCUGCGGACGAUUGGGAUACGAAGGCACCUCCAGAAGCUCACCAUUGGCCUGAUUUUGGCCGCUCUGGGAUUCUUUCUCUCCGCUGGCCUCGAGCUGAAGAUGCAGCAGGCAGCCUUUGAGGUUCAGCCCACGGAACCGGGCACUGCGCAUCUACGUCUGUACAAUGGAAUGCCCUGUGGCUUUGAGUUUACCAGUGACAUUGAAUCGAAACACCCGAAAACCAUCGAAGCCCUGGGCAUGUGGACGGAUCUCUACCUGCCCGUGCCCAAGGCCAAGGAGUACUCUUUCAAGGCGCAGCCCAUAACGGGCAAGUGUUCCACUAUUACCGGUAAACUACGUCUGCAGCCGGGUAAAUCCCUGGGCUACUUUCUGGCCCAGGACAAGCUCGUAGAGUUUACCGAUGGCCUGGAAAUGGCCACCAGCGAAAGCAGUCCUCCGCUGAUCCGAGCGCUACUGAAUACGCCACCCGAAGAGGGACCCAUCCGGCUCUCCACCUCGAAUUCGGACACCAAAGCCCUCUCGCUGGACAACCGGAAUGUGUCGCAGCUGCACAGCAUCGCCGCCGGCCAGGGUCAGGUCAACAUAAACGGCCUUAAGGCGGCCAGCUUUGAGGCUAAAGGCGGCCGUCUCUACAGCCUGCUGGUGGCGGGGAAUGCCCGCGACGGUUACCAGUACAAGCUGUUGGAGGUGGUGGGCCCCAGUGCCGUGUCCAUACUCUGGCAGCUACCCCAAAUAGUGGUUAUGACCGCCGCCGAAGUGAUGUUCUCGGUGACGGGACUGGAGUUCUCCUACUCCCAGGCACCGGCCAGCAUGAAGAGUGUGCUCCAGGCCUGCUGGCUGCUAUCGGUGGCCGUUGGCAACAUGCUGGUGGUGGUGAUAGCUGAGUUCAAGUUCACCAGCACCCAGGCCGGUGAGUUUACGUUCUUUGCCUGCCUGAUGCUGGUCGACAUGCUGGUCUUCCUGUGGCUGGCCCGCAGCUAUCAGUACAGGGAUCAGUCGAAGGAUCUCGAGGAGGAUGAGGUGCAGGAGCAUAAUGAGGAUCUCCAGGCGCCAAAGCAAAAUCGUUGCGUGACGGCGGACAAGCAGCCGUGGCGGCCCAGCGGCAUGGAGGCGGAACCGGGUCAUGGAGCCUAUCGCAACCACGCCUACGAUAACGACUUCUCGGAGGCCUGAAAAUACGUUUUAGUCAUAGUCAAAUUUAGUCCUAGUCGCAGUCUCGUAUUUAUUUUAUUUUCUGUUUGCAUUUAUCUUGUGUAAUUUCCGCUGUAAAUACGUUCGUUUGUACACGAGUAUAUGGCCAUUUUUUUUUUUAAACAAAUUGUUUUGUAAAUAAAUAUAACAUUUUAUACGUUUUAA